AUGAGUUCUCAAAUUAAUGAUGUUUUGAGAAAUGAAACAAUAUACUUUCGCAAAUCACAUCUACUCAGAAAAGCUACUAAUCAAUAAAAUAAGUUAUUUAGAAAAGGUUUGAUAUAAGACAGCUUAAAUGAACCUACACAUCCUAUUAAUUGUUUAAUUAAAAAUGAAGAAGUGUUUGUUCCCUAUAUAAAUGAAAGAAAUAGUUUAGGUCGAUUGAUUAAGAAACCCAAUCUAUCAUCUAAUAGAGAAAUUACUAAUAAAUAAUUAGUAAAAUCAUCACUAAAAUUACCAAAAAAUAAACAUAAUUAUGCUUAUUUAUAGAAUGAACCCCCAAAUUCAAAUAGAUCCUAUGGAUAAAAGACUAAAACUUAAUCCACAGCAGAUUCAUUUUACUCUUUCUUUACAUUCAAUAAGUAUAAUCAAAAUUUCUUACUCAAGUCCAAAAACAGUGAACCUUUUAGUUUUAGAAAAUCAUUUUAUUAAAAAUAACUAUGA